AGAUUCUUCCCAAAAUUCUCAUUGUCAUUCAGUGUCAAAACCUAGUCUGAGAACACUAGAUAAAAUGGUCCGAUCACUGUGGGAAAGUGAAAAUUUUGAAGUUGAAUCGAAGGUCUACAGCGAAGAAGAAUUUAAAUGUGAAAAACAUUUUAAUGAUAACGUGGAAACAACACGCCAGGGUCAGUACAUAGUACGACUUCCUUUUAAGAAAGACCCAAACCAAACAUUAGGAGGUUCAAAAGAAAUUGCAAAGAAGCGUUUUUAUUCAUUAGAAAGAAAACUAGAAAAAAAUGCAGACCUCAAAGAAAGUUACACAAACUUCAUGGAGGAAUAUGAGCAUCUAGGUCAUAUGACUGCAAUUCAAGAGCUUGACAUACCAAAGUCAAAUUAUUUUCUUCCACACCAUUGUGUAAUUAAACCCGAGAGCUCAUCAACAAAGCUCAGGGUGGUUUUCGAUGCUUCUGCAAAGACGACAUCUGGGUAUUCACUUAAUGACACCCUCAUGGUUGGUCCAACAGUCCAAUCAGAUUUAUUUUCAGUUAUAGCCAAUUUCAGAUUACAUAAAUAUGUAUUCACUGGCGAUAUUAGCAAAAUGUAUCGUCAAAUACUCAUUCAUCCAAAGGAUAGAGCAUAUCAGCACAUUUUAUGGAGGCCAGAUCCUAAGAGCACAUUAAGAACAUACCAGCUCAACACAGUUACGUAUGGAAUGGCGUCUGCCUCUUAUUUAUCUACAAGAUGUUUGGUCAAAUUAGCAGAUGAUUUUCAACAUAUAUAUCCUAAUGCAUCAAAAAUUAUUACAAAAAAUAUCUAUGUGGAUGACUGCCUAACAGGAGCAGAUUCUCUUGAGGAAGCCAAGUUGCUUCUCAAUGAAACAAUAAAAUUAUUAAGUCAAGGAAAUUUUAAUUUAACCAAAUUUUGUUCAAAUGAUCCACGCAUUCUAGAAAAUAUUCCAAUGCAAGAUCGAGAAAGAAUGUUAACAAUCUAUCAGUCGGAGGUCAUUAAAACCCUUGGUUUGGUUUGGGACCCAAUUGAAGACACAUUCAAAUUUUGCUACAAGUACAAUGCACCCAAUGAUUUAAAGAUUACCAAACGCCGCGUUCUUGCCGACUUGGGAAAAUUCUUCGAUCCCUUGGGAUUGAUAGGCCCAGCCAUAUUACUAGGAAAAAUAUUUUUACAAGAACUUUGGAAAUCUAAGAUAUUGUGGGAUGAGAAUCUGCCUCAAGAACAGGCUUAUAAGUGGGUAAACUAUUUAUCAGAAUUUUCUUCUUUGUGUGAAAUUAAUAUCCCACGCCUUAUCUUAAUAGACUCAGCUACGAAAUUAGAAGUGCAUGCAUUUUCCGAUAGUAGUGAAAGCGCAUAUGGCGCAUGCAUUUACUUAAAAUCUAUUGAUAAUGAAGGGAAAGUUUUUGUUCAAUUGUUAUGUUCAAAAUCUCGUGUCGUUCCCUUAAAGGCGACAACUAUAGCUCGGUUAGAGCUUCAGGCGGCUGUCCUAAUGGUGGAAUUAGUGCAAAAAAUCCUUCCAAUAAUCAGUAGGACGAUCACAUCAGUCAGUUAUUACACCGACUCUACAACGGUUUUAACAUGGGUAAAGGCACCUUCCUAUACUUGGGAGACAUAUAUAGCAAAUCGUGUAGCAAAAAUCCAAUCUAAAUCAGAUUUGAAUCAUUGGAAUUAUGUAAAGGGAGUAUUAAAUCCAGCAGAUCUUAUAUCGCGUGGGUUAGGAAUGCCCAAUCUUGUAAGAUCAACCAUUUGGUUCAAUGGCCCUGAGUUUUUAAGACAAACUUCAAGUAUACAAAUGGAGUAUUCGAUUCCAGAAGAAAUCUCUGGGCAUCGAAGGCCAAAGACAGUGCUAAAUAUGUCAAUCCAAAAUGAUAUAAUAAAUUCAAUCAACCAUAAAAACUCGUUUUUUACACUGCAGAAAAUUUUUGCACAUUGCUAUAGAUUCAUGAUGAAUUUUAAUAUUCGCUGCAAAGGAAACAGAAGAACUGGUUCUUUAACCGCGGAAGAAAUCCAGAAAGGAACGCAUUUGUUAUGGAGGAUUGUUCAAUUAAGUGUUUUUCCCGAAGAGUAUAAGGCACUUCAGGCAGGGAAACCUCUCCGCAAUACCUCUAGCAUAAUUUCGAUAAGCCCAUAUUUUGAUAAAACAACAAUGUUAAUACAUGUGGGUGGAAGACUUAAAAAUGCUGAAAUUCCUUCCCAAGCAAAAAAUCAAAUAUUACUCCCAAAAAAUAAUAUAGUUACCACAUUACUCUUAGAUCACUUACAUAAAAAACAUCUACACGUUUCCCAUAGAACACUUGUAUCUAUCUCUCGGCAACAAUUUUGGAUUUUGAGUGUAGGAAGAGAAACACAAAAGGUACUUUCUAAAUGCAUCCAAUGUUUCCGUGCGAAACCCAAAUCCAUAGAUCAAUUAAUGGGUAAUCUACCUAAGGAAAGAAUCGUACCUUCUCGCCCAUUCUAUUAUUCAGGGGUGGACUUUUGUGGGCCAAUACGAACACAUUAUAAUAUUCGAGGGAAAACUCCAACAAAAUCGUAUCUUGCAGUAUUUGUAUGCUUUUCAACAAAAGCUAUUCAUAUUGAAGUUGUAUGCAACCUUACUACUGAAUCAUUUAUUAACUGCUUGAAACGAUUUAUAGGAAGACGAGGUGUAUGCCAUACUAUAUUCUGUGACAAUGCCACAAACUUUGUAGGGGCAAGAAACCAAUUAAAAGAUUUUCAAGAUUUUCUUGAUUCGUCUGAAACUCAAUCAUCGAUUAAUUCAAAUUGUUUAAAAAUGGGAAUUAACUGGAAACACAUUCCACCACGUUCUCCCCAUUUCGGAGGCCUUUGGGAGGCCGCUGUUAAAUCCGCAAAAACAUUGUUGUUAAAAUAUUUAGGAGAAGCGUCUUUAACUUAUGAAGAGCUUUCCACAGUUGUGAUUCAAAUUGAAUCUAUCUUGAAUUCACGCCCACUUACACCUAACUCCUCAGAUCCUAAUGACAUGCAGGCAUUGACUCCCGGUCAUUUUUUAAUUGGUGCUCCGUUGACAUCGCUUCCAGAACCUGACAUAACUGAUCAUAACAUCUCAAGAUUAGACAAAUUUCGUCAGAUUCAGCAUAUUCAACAGCAUUUUUGGCAAAGAUGGUCAAAUGAAUACCUCCAUCUUCUUCAACAGAAAUUAAAGUGGAAGGUGGAAUCCAAAAAUCUAGAACCUGGAACAAUGGUUGUUUUAAAAGAUGCACACCAGCCUCCAAUGAAAUGGAAGCUCGGACGUGUAAUCGAAGUUGUCAAGGGAACAGACGGAUUAGUACGAGUGGCAUAUGUUAAGACUGAAACCGGCACAUAUCAACGAGCUGUUCAAAAUCUUUGUCCCCUACCGAUUGACCAUAAAGAGCAGCAAAAGGAUGCUGCACAAAUCCCAAUAAAAAAACAACCCCUGAUGAGAUUAAGAAGUGGGAGAUACCUCCUUAACUCUUUAACAUCAUUAUUAUGCUUCAUGUUGCUAUUGUUUCCAUUAGCUGCCUCUUCAGAUACCGAACCAAUAAGAAUAACCCAAUUUGACCAUCCCACAGGGAUUUAUUUUGAAGAUAUAGGUAGUGCGAGCACCGUUAAUAGUUUUUGGAACAUUUAUAUAUUUUAUAAUUUAUCAUCAUAUUGGCUAGAGCUAGGAGAAGUGAAAACUUAUUUACAGAGAAUGGAUAAUAUUUGUUUAGAUGAAUUGAAAAUUAAUCCGUACUGUUUGCCUACAGUAACAGCUCUCAAACAAAGAGUUAUAGCAAUCGAAUCAAACAAUGACCUCAUUCAUAAUUAUCAUACUUCUUACAAUAAAAGGAUAAGAAUUGCUAGAUCUCCUUUCGAUUUUAUAGGAAACGUGGCACAUAGCUUAUUUGGGGUAUUGGAUCAAGAUGAUGCUAAGGACAUACAGCACCAAAUCUCUUUGGUCAACCAAGAUGAACAGCAUCUCGUGCAUCUCUUUAAAAAGCAGAGCUCAAUCGCAGAUUCAACCGUAAAUCUGCUUAAACGAAAUAAUCUGCAACUCAGUCAGCAAUAUCAAGGUUUUAAAACCAUGUUCGAAAAAUCCUUAAACAGCAUUGAAAAGCAUCAAGAAAUAAUCGAUGUCAGUCAGCGCUUUUCUGCAUUAACUUCAUAUUUGAUUUUGUCAAUUUCAAACCUCGAAAGAGUGCAAGACACAUUACUUGACGUUCUUCUUAGUCUUAAUAAUGUCAAAAUGAAUCCUCAUUUUAUUUCGCCGUCACAAUUUACUAAACAGCUCCAAAUUAUUCGGAACAACAUUCCAUCCCAUCUUAACAUUCCGACAGCAUCUGUAUUAGAUAUUUUUAAGCUGUCAUCUAUUAAAGGACGAAGUCUUAAUGACUCAAUAGUAUUUGAAAUGAUGAUCCCUUUGGUUGAUAACCAAGAAUUUCAGCUUUUUAAUUUAGUUCAGUUUCCUCUAUUUCAAAAUGAUUCAAGUUUCAUAAUAGAAUUAUCAUCCCCUUAUUUAGCAGUCACUGCAACAAGAGAUAGGUAUUUUGAAUUAACAGAAAAUCAGCUAUCAUCAUGCCACUUCCUCUCAACGAAAAAUUUUGUCUGUAACCAACAACUACCAACAAUGAUUCAUCGAGACAGCGGUAUAAGUUGUGAAGUCUCGCUUCUGAAUCAUUUGAGUAGUGCUUUAAGUCACUGUUGUUUAACGAGAUCCAUCUCUCAAGAUCGAUGGGUAAGCCUAAGAAGUUCCAAUACUUGGAUAUUUGCUCUUAAGGAGGCUGUAACUGGUUUAUUGGUGUGUGAAGGAAUAACAAAAAGUCUUACCCUAAGUGACAGUGGUUUUAUAGAAUUUUUGAUACCAUGUAUUUUAAAACUUCCACACAUAGUGAUAAAUGGUCGAGUCUUUAGCAAUACCACCUUAAAAAACUCAUUUGUUCCCUCUAUUAAAAUUUCUGAGUCAAUUAAAGGUAAAAUUCCGAUGAAAAAUAUGAACAUCAUAACAUCCCCGAGCAAUGAGACUAAUUUUAAAGAGAUAGAAGAUUUAAAAGGCAAAAUUAGUGAAGUUGAUAAAGACCUAGAUAAUGAUACCUGGGUAAAUUCUAUAAAUACGCACGAUUACCAUCAUUAUAGCAUGAGCUUCAUAUUAUUCCUUACAAUGAUUGGCUUCAUUAUUUUUUAUUUUAUUAAAAAAAGAAAACCCAAACCACUUCCUAGAAGAAGCGCUCCUCGUUUUGAAAUAGACACACAAUUUUAAAUUUUUUUGAGGGAUUAGAUCCCUCAAAGGGGGGGAGUAUGUUAAGUAAACAUUUUUAGUAUCAUUUUAAGUAACCAUAUGACCAAUAGUAUUAUCACAUUGCAUUGUUGCUGACACGAUGGGAAAUGAUUUCUUACCAGUUCCCACUGAGUGUUCUUUUUAAGUAUAAUUAUGUAUUUUUUUGUAUUCUAUCACCCAUUUUUACCUUUCCUACCAUAUCAUAUUUCCACCCAACUCCUACUUCUGCGUGAGACCAGACGAAAUAAGAUCAUUUAAUAAAAGUUCAAUGUUUAGUCUCACGCGCUGAGUGUUCAUUAUGCUGACUUGUCAUUUUUGGCAAAGUACCUUUAAAUGAUCGGCAUAAUGGGCACUCGCUGUCCAACCACUUUCAAGUGAACAUCAAAUAAAAAUUGUAAUCAAUAAUAAUAAAAAAAGGUGUUUGUAUUUUCAAGGUUCUAAAGUUUAAAGAACAUUUUAUGCUGAUUAAAGAU